GUAUAUUUAAUACGACGGUCACACUGGUGUGUUGUGAACAAAACAGGACGCAUUCAUAAUAACUCUUUUCUCUUUUGUCGGUUUUUAUCUAUCAAAAACCCACCUAACCAUGGCCUACGACCUGAAAAAGGAGUCCGAUGUGAAGGAGUACGUGGAGAAGCUGGGCAUGGAGUAUCGCUUUGGUUGCUAUAUGGAAAAGAAGCCGGAAGCCUGCCACCUGUUGGGCGAUUAUCUGGAGGGGAUCAAGAAGGAUUUUGAAAAGGCCUCCAAGGUGUACAAGUCGACGUGCGAUGACUAUGGUUACGCAAAGUCCUGCUACAAAUAUGGCAACUAUAGUUUUCUGGGUAAAGGCAAGAGCGGCAGCAAGGGUGAGCCCAGGGUGGCGUAUCAGUACUACGAAAAGGGUUGUCAAUUGAAUGACCCAGAUGCUUGUUUACACUCUGGCCUGCUGCUAUUCUCCAGUUCAAUGCCCAAGGAGAUAGACAGGGAUGUGAUGAAGGGCCUGGAAUUCCUUAACAAAAGCUGCGACAUGAACAAUGCCACCGCCUGCUUUUACCUCUCUGGCAUGCACAUUGCCGGCGUGCAAAAGAAGCUAGACCCAGCUGCAACAUCUGCAUCUUCUUCUAGUAGUGUGGCUCCUCCAUCCGCCCCCACUACCGCCUCUGCCUCUACCAAGACACCCCCCAAGGACUCUGACUAUGUGGUACUCAAGGAUAUGAAAAAGGCCUUUAUGUUUGCCCGCAAGGCCUGCGAGCUACGCAAUAUGUAUGCCUGCGCCAAUCUCAGCCAGAUGUAUGCCCGAGGCGAUGGCAUCGAGAAGAAUGAAAAGGAGGCGGAAAGGUACAAGAAGCUGGCCAUUGAGAUGCAUGACGAGGUGAAGAAGCAGCAGGAGACACUGGGUUUCCAGCAGGGCGUAGGCAUGCCCAACUGAUUAACCGGACUUUUAUAACCUUUCUUAUGUUUUCUUUCUAUUUUUUUUUUGUUUGGUUUUAUCACCAAAACCUACCUUAACCAGGUCAAAACUCUAAUAUUAGCUUGUGUUUCUUUUUAUUUGUGAUUUUUCUUGUACAUAGCCAAAAGGGGCGUAAGAGAGCGUGAGAAUGAGAUGAAAAAAAUUCCUAGUUUUAAUUGUUAAUGUUAUUAAAGUAACGAAAAUGAAGCAUGAAAUGGAGUAGAGAGAGAGAAGAAACCCUUAAAACAAUUCUGUUGAUACCUUAUACACAAAAGAAAAAGAGAAAUACAAACCAGUCCUGCCAAAGGAACUAGACCAAAAUA